CAGCCGCCUCUCGCGAGAGCUGGGAGCCCCGUCCCGAGGACCCCGCCUCCCUCUCCAUCCAAUUGGGUGACCCCUGGCCCGACGUCACUCACGGAAAGGUCAACCUGUGGAGCCGGGGCGAUCCCCUCAGCUCUCAGGCUCCAGCAGUUAAAGGGAGAGAGGGACGGAGACGAGGUGACGCAGCAGCCGGCGAGCCCGGGACCUGGUCCUUCCACACCCUCCCCCUCAGCUCAACCCUUCCCCAACUCUUCUCGCCAGAUGGAGCUUUCCGCCCUGUCACUCCGGCGUUCCGUUAUCGGCGGUGACGUCAGCAGAGCGACUGGGUCGGCACGUCAUCAGAGGAUGCCCGAGGUCGUCCAACUUUACGGGCUGUGAAGGCGCUGCAAGAGUUUGAGGAUUUAAUUUAAAACCCAGGAGGAGCCGCGCUCGACUCUCGCCGCGUCUGUGUCUGCCGGCGCCGAAUCCUUCUCCUCCGCUUUUACAGCUGAUUCCCCCCCCCCGCCCCUCAGAUGAGCAGAUUACCCGAAUCCUUUCAUUCAUUCCGCUUUCCAAAUAUUUACAAAACGUGAAACACUUCCGAGGCCUAAUUAUCGCUCUUUGGGAACAAGAAUUCGCGGAAAAAAAAACACCUUUGCUGCUGUUGUUAACACUUAACUCGCUGCUGCCGAGUACUUGUCAGAACUUCCAUGUGUUCAAGCUGAAAAUCUUCGAAUUCUCUGUUAAUUAGACUAUAUUAUUGGUUCAGGUAACUCGUCUUCACUGUUAUGCCGCGGGAUAUCUGCAGCAUUUUCAGACUUUUUACCAGAUUCAGACAGCAAUAAAUGCUGUUGUGCAUAAAACUGGAAAAAAUGAACCUUUGAAUGACCCUUAUGUUGUGCUGCAAUGAAAAGAAGCAGAGUCUUGUGGUGCUGUUGCUGGGAAGUUCACAUUGUGGGAUUCCUCCCUUUUUGGAGAAAGGGAUUUGCCAUGAGGUGUUGAUACCUUAUUUUAAAAUUCUGAGACAUAGGACCUAAAUGGCGCAGCAUGACUUUGCUCCAGCCUGGCUUAAUUUUCCAACUCCACCUUCAUCAACCAAGCAGUCACUCAACGUUGAAAAGAAUCCUGAAACAUUUGUCCGACCGGAUAAUCGUUAUGAUGUGAAUCGCAGGCGACACAAUUCUUCAGAUAGCUUGGAGUCUGCUGGGGCACGUUCUGGUGGAGGAAACUUUGGAAGAAAAGAGAAGAAUGGUUGGCGGUCACAAGCACGGGGCACAGACACAGUAAAUCCACGAAGUGGCUACCAUGGAGGAAAUUCCCGUGCUCGAAGUGGUACUUUUCAUGGAGGAAAAGCCCCACCAUUGCACGAGAAUAACUUAAUGGAAGAUGAAAAUGGAAAGAGGGAAGAAAAGGAGAAGACUAAACAAUUUGAGGCUGAGGAUUUUCCAUCUCUCAAUCCUGAGUCUAAAAAAGAACUUGGCAAGAACAAAUCUAUUGCAGGAGUGUGGGAAAAUCCUCCAAAUCCAAAAUCUAGAACGUCUAAAAUGCUGGUCAUUAAAAAGGUCCUUAAAGAAGAACCAAUACUACCGGGAUACCCUCUGACAGGGGGUUCUCAUCCCCAGCCUGUAAAGAAUGGGACAGGACCCAGUGUAUAUAAGGGAUUGGUUCCCAAAGCUGCUGGCCCCCCAUCAAAGCCAGCGCAAUGGAAAGGCUCAGCAAAGGAGAAUAAACAUGGAACUCCAUUUGUCAGCUUCAAUGCGCUCCUGAAACCUGUACCUCAGACCUUCAGUUCAUCACCAAACUCUUUAAAGGAGAGUAGUCGCUCAAAUUCUUCUUCACCAAUUGAUAUAGCAAGUCAGCCUCGUAUGUUGAAACUGACACGCAUGAGAUCUGACAAGAAAAGUGAAUUCCUGAAGACUUUUAAACAGGACAAGCCUGGUGAAGGGUAUCAUGAUGAUGGAGAUGAUAUAGAUAAAGAAAAGGAUUAUGAAAUGUUUAACAUGCAACACAACAAGAAUACUCAUCAAGAGAGAGACAAGAACAGAAAUUUUGAUAAAAAUAGUGAUUCCAGGGAAAAUGGAAAUGAUCGACUUCUAUCCCAGACAACUAUUCGCUCUUCAGCAUUCCCCCAAUCUAACAUUUUAUCAAGUUCACUGGAAGCUGAGCACAGGCUGCUCAAAGAGAUGGGUUGGCAGGAAGAAAGUGAAAAUGAUGAAACUUGUGCUCCAUUAACAGAGGAUGAGAUGAGGGAAUUCCAGGCCAUCAGUGAACAGGUCAGAAGUGAGGGAUAUUCACCCAUUAUGCAAUGUUUAACUACAUUUGCAACUCUUCAGAAAAUGAAGCAGUCCAUGCCCUAUGUGACAAGACUGACAACCUUUUGGCCUGAAUUGCAAAGUGGCAGCUCCAGAAAAACGGCCUUCGCAAAAACGGUCUUUUGAAAAAUGGUCUGACUUGUAACUUCACGUGGAAGAGCACUUACAAGCCUACUAUUAAUGAUGACACAGAGACGAGCAGCAGUGAUACAUCUGAUGAUGAUGUGUGAGAGGUUAAAGAGAGACGUAAAAAUGAUUUGGGUAUAAUUAUUAUCAUUGUGGUAAACUGCCAAAAAUAAACUGCAUUAAAAGCAGUUCAAUACCCCACCAGAAGAAAUUUGAGGGGGCUUCUUUGUUCAAGAAUGGACAUUGUUGGACUUGGCCUAAUUUGAACUUUGCUUAAUGCUUUGUAAUGGCCUUUUGUAGUAAUGAGGAUUUCAGUUGGAUUUAGCGUUGAUCUGCUUCAUCACUGCUGAUCAGAGGAUACAUUACUACAAUGUGAAAAAAGUUAUUGAUCAUGGGAUAAUUCACAGAUCUAAUAAACCGAAUUGAAGUUAAAAUUGUGUAUUGUUCCAUGGAGCUUUUGGCUUAAAGUUGUUCCAUUUGUUGAGAAACAGCAAAUUGAAAACACAGUAUCCUGCUUGCUGACUCAUAUUCAUUACCAAAACUGGACUCUGCAAGUCCACUGUCUACAGAAAAACGGGUGAUCUAGCAUGUUGGUCAAAAGUGGAUGCAGUAAACUCGUUGCCUAAACCUAAUGAGUGCUCUUGUAUCGUUCCAAUUCUUUCUCAAAGUUAAUUGCUUUUCUAACCAUUUGUAGUUUUUUUUUAAAAAUCAUAUUUCUUCAAUUUGUAGAAAGAAGAAUUCUGAGAUCAAGAGCUUUAUCUGUGCUACACAAAGCCUUGAUAUUCAGGGUGGACUGUACAAAGCAAACUAUUGAAAAUUGACAGAUUAUUUUGAUAAAGUAGUUAUUUACAAAUCUUACCAAAAGGUUAUGAUCACAGUUGCUGGAUCUAUUCACUAAAUGGAAUAAAAACUGGAUUUGCAGCAAGUCUGAUACUGGUCUGACUUUGUGCCAGGAGUAUUUUAGGAGUUGGUGCUCCUGCAAUUUUUUUUUGAUAUCUGCCACAUGGGGCAGCUUCAAAUUCCCAGUAAGGGAAGAUGAAACCAUAAAGAUGUGGUUAUGUGUUUAAUCUCCAAAUGAGCAAUUGAAUACAUAAUCUAGGUUAAUCCUUCACUGCAGUACUAAAGGAAUACUAUGUUGUCAGGAGUGUUGUCUUUUAGAUGAUGCAUUGAAUUCAGCCUGUUAUUAAAUUCAGCCACUAUUAAAAUAGCAGAGAAUGCUCCCAGUAGUCUUGUUAAAAUUAUUCUCUCAGUUCAU